GUCAGAAUCUCCAAGCUUAAGGCCCCUCCCUUUCAGACCUAUAAAUUGACUCCCAUCUCACUCCACUCUGAAUCGCCUCAUUCGGACAAACUCUCUGCUGAAAACGUUGAACGCUAGACUACAUAAAGAUGUCAGACUUGGAGAGCUGCCUGGGAACCAUCAUUGAGGUGUUCCACAAAUACUCAUCCAAAGAAGGUGACAAGUACAAAUUAAAAAAGAGCGAACUCAAGGAUCUGCUCACCAAUGAAUUUCCGACUCUUACCGAGCAUGUGAAAGAUCAAGCAACAUUGGACAGUUUGAUGGAAAGCGUGGAUACCGAUGGUGACUCGGAGUGUGAUUUUCAAGAGUUCAUGACCUUCAUCACCAUGGUUACCAUCUGUUGCCAUGAGUUUUUCGAACACAACGAAGACGAAUGAGUCGAAUUAAAAAAACAAGUAUUCAUAGCAUAAUAGUAAUACAACACAUUGAUUCUCUUAAAGUUUGCUUUGUUCUUUUUCGUAUCAUAUUAGGAUUGUUGUUUAGUUUGAACAGAAUGUAUAUGCAGCUUGUACGACAGUUUGUUUUGCUAGACUCAAAACCAGUUUAUUACAAAGCAUGCUUCUAUUAUUUUUCCUAGGCAAUUUUUUUCUCAAAGACAUCCCCAUCAUAAAUCUCAUCGAGUGCAAUGCGGACCAGGUGUUGCGCUCUUGCCAUUUCAGUUCCAGGAUGAUUGUGAAAUGUUUUUCCUGAUUAGCUUCAGACUAUUAGGCUGCUAUUGACUUACGUCAGAUUGUUCCAGGGGCCUGAGACAAAUCAUGCUGUGCUUUAAGAAGACCCACCAAAGCAAAUUAUUCCUUUGAAAAUAUCUAAUAUGAUGUUUACAACCAUCCAUAAAUGGUUUGGAAUUUCAAAUCAAUCCCAUGUUAUUAAAGGCAUGAAAACUCAUGUUUUUCAUGUAUUAGAUAUCCAGAAAAUGUUUAAUAGUACAUGAGUUGUGUUUUCCAAUUGUAAACUGUAACUAGUGCUACUAAAUCUGCAAAUUAUUAAGCUUAAUGUGACAUUUUAUUGAAGAAUGUAUUAGAAUGUAUUAUGAACAGUUUACACAAAUGUGUGUAACAAGGUCCUACAAUUAAAGUUUCCUUACAAACCUAAAAAUAUAAAAAUAAAAGAUGAAUAUGUUUCAGAAGCCAAACUGUUAGAAUUAUGGAAUAAAAUCAAACAAAAUAAAAAUUGUGAACAGAUAAAA